AGCGAAAGGGGGCAAGAGGCAUGGGUAGUACCCCGAGGUCUUGCUCCUGGGCACAUCCUGGGGGCUUGGACUACCCCACGCUCCGUUCUGGGUCACGUUUUCCGAUGUUCUACACCUUGGGGUCCAGGACCUCUUCGAUCCUAGUCUGGACCUACAGUGUAUGCCUAGCCUCCUCCCCCUACUUCUACACACACAUCUGGUGCCAGAGGGCGCCCAGGGCUCUGGUCUGGUAACCCUCCGUACCAGCAAUCGCAGGGCUCCCUUACAGAGAUGGCCGGAGGCGCUUCCGCAACCGUCACGUGACGGCAUUGGUGUCACAUGACCUCCACCCUCUGUGUUCAAGAAUGCGGAGUCCUAUGUUAGACUUAGCGAAGCUGGGAUCUCUGUGGCAGCUGGCGCACUCUCCAUCCCGGGAGCUGGAAAGCUCCGCCAUCCUCCUGAGCGCCCUUCCGAGAUGGGACCCCCGAAGCGCUGGAAAGAGCAUCCUAGAGAUUUGGCCAAAGUAAACAACGUUGCCACAAGUAUCUUGGGACUGCUGUUGCUUCAGCUGAUUUCCUCCACAUCAAGUGCCCGGCCUUGUGUUCCCCAAAGCUUUGGCUAUAGCUCUGUUGUGUGUGUCUGCAAUGCUACCUACUGUGAUUCGAUUGAUCCGGUAACACUUCCUGCUUCAAGUACCUUUAGCCGAUAUGAGAGUACUCAAAGUGGCCGGAGGUUUGAGUUGAGCAUUGGGAACAUCCAGAGCAACUGGACAGGCAAAGGAUUGCUGCUAUCCCUGCACCCAGAGCAACAGUUCCAGAAGAUAAAAGGCUUUGGAGGUGCAAUGACUGAUGCUGCUGCCCUCAACAUUCUAGCUCUCUCACCUUCUGCCCAGGACUUACUUCUUAAAUCUUACUUUUCUCCAGAAGGUAUUGAAUAUAACAUCAUUCGAGUUCCCAUGGGCAGCUGUGACUUCUCUGUCCGUGUCUAUACCUAUGCUGAUCAACCUGACGACUUCCAGUUGAACAAUUUCACCCUCCCAGAAGAGGACACCAAGUUCAAGAUUCCCCUUAUUCACAGGGCUUUGGCCCUGUCCCAACGCCCUACAUCGCUCUUUGCCAGCCCCUGGACAUCACCUACUUGGCUUAAGACCAAUGGGGCAGUAAAUGGGAGAGGGUCACUCAAAGGACAACCAGGAGACAAGUACCACCAGACCUGGGCCAACUACUUUAUCAAGUUUCUAGAUGCUUAUGCAGAACAUAAAGUAAAAUUUUGGGCAGUGACAGCGGAGAAUGAACCAUCAGCAGGAUUGAUAAGUGGGUAUCCCUUCCAAUGCUUGGGCUUCACUCCAGAACUUCAACGAGAUUUCAUUGCCCGGGACCUAGGCCCUACUCUUGCUCAAAGUGCUCAUCGUGAUGUCAAACUACUAAUACUGGAUGACCAACGCAUUUUACUGCCCCAUUGGGCACAGGUGGUUCUGAAGGACCCGAAUGCAGCUCAGUAUGUCUCCGGGAUAGCUAUACACUGGUACCUGGAUUUCCUGGCCCCAGCUAAUGCUACACUGGGGGAAACACACCGGUUGUUCCCUGAUAUGAUGCUCUUUGCUUCUGAGGCCUGUGUGGGUUCCAAGUUUUGGGAACAGAGUGUACGGCUAGGUUCCUGGAGCCGAGGGACAAAAUACAGUCAUAGCAUCAUCACUGAUCUUAACCACCAUGUGGCAGGCUGGACAGACUGGAACCUUGCCCUAAAUCUUGAAGGGGGUCCCAACUGGGUACGCAACUUUGUUGAUAGCCCCAUAAUUGUAGAUAUAAGCAAGGACAAGUUUUACAAGCAACCGAUGUUCUACCAUCUCGGACACUUCAGCAAGUUCAUUCCUGAGGGUUCCCAGAGGAUAGGACUGGAGGCCAAUAAGAACCACAACUUGGAGACAGUGGCCUUACUGCGCCCUGAUGGUGCCAUGGUGUUAGUCGUGCUCAAUAGCUCUUCCCAGGACCAACCUUUUACAAUUGCUGAUCCUACUGUGGGCUUCAUGCAAACCUUGGCACCUGCAUACUCCAUUCAGACAUACCUCUGGCAGCACCAGUAAUGAAGUGGGCAUGGGGGCAGCUGUGCUUGGGUAGUGGGCAAUAAAGGAUUGAACUAAUUUA